AUGACUGCGGUACGUGUUGGUGUGCGUCGGUACGUUCGGAGUGCGCUGGAGGAGUGUCGGUUGCGUGGGCUCGUGGCACAGGUGUCCGCUCGCGAGGAGGUGCUUCUGGAGAACGUGAGACGGCGACCACAGAUGGUAAAGUUGUACUGUGGGGUGGACCCGACGGCGCGGUCCGUUCAUUUGGGGAACCUCGUGCCUCUCAUGGUACUGUUGAACUUCUACGUGCGCGGUUCUCCCGUGGUGAACAUCGUCGGCGGUGCGACGGGGAAAGUCGGUGACCCAAGUGGGAGGACCACGGAGCGGUCCGCGAUGAGCAGUUCUGUACGGGAGGACAACGUAUCUGCGAUUUCGCAGCAAUUGAAGACGUUCUUCAAGCGUGGGGCAGAAUACUAUGCCAAGCGACAGGGCCUACAGGGAGCCCUGAAGGGAGUGCCCGCGGGACACACCGUCGUGAACAAUCUGACUUGGUGGCAGGACGUCAACAUGCUGGACUUCCUCGCACGGUACGGGGGACACAUCCGUGUCCAGGCGAUGCUCGCAAGGGACAGCGUCUCGUCGAGGCUCGCGCAGCCGCAGACAGGGCUCGGAUUCAACGAGUUCACGUAUCAGAUCCUACAGGCGUACGACUUCUACCACUUGUACACGGAACAAGGUGUGUCCGUGCAAGUCGGCGGGAACGACCAGUGGGGGAACAUCACCGCUGGGAUCGAUCUCAUCGAACGUGUCCGUGCGGAGACCGCGCGUGGAGAGAGCAAGAAGGCUACGAGUUUGCCAGCAACGGCGAUUACUUGCCCACUCCUCACGACAAGUUCGGGGCAAAAGUUCGGGAAGAGCGCAGGGAACGCAGUGUUCAUCGACAAGAGCAUCAACACCCCGUACGACAUUUACCAGUUCUUCUACAACACUGAGGACGCGGAUGUCGAACGGUUUCUCAAGAUCUUCACGCUGCUCCCACUGGAGCAGAUCGCCACGGUCAUGGCCACGCACCGUGCGUCCGCCCACGGCGCGAAUCGGACAGACCACGCUGGCGUACGAGGCUACGGAACUGAUCCAGUGGGGUUGAGGACGCGACGGGACGCACAGAUGGUUUCUGAUAUCGUAUUCGGCAAGGGCCAGGGGGCCGCCGCGGAGAACAGAGACCUCUCCCUUUUGUUCAAGAAGGCUGGGAUCCUCACAGAAGUUCCCCGGGACCGUGCGACGCCAUUAGAGCUCGUCACACGAGUAUUACAGUGUUCCAAGACCGAGGCGAAGCGGAAACUCGACCAGGGAGCCGUUUACUGGGGGCCCGGCAGGCUCGCGCUCCCCCCCACUUCAGCACACGAUGCAAUUGACUGGGAUGAACACCUGCUGAACCCACAGGUGCUCCUAGUCCGCGUGGGCAAGCAACGGUGCUUCCCUGUCAAGUUGGUGUAA